AUGAGUCCUCCAAAGCCCACCAUACUAUUAAUUCACGGCGCACUCACUACGGCCGCCUCGUUCGAUUGGGUGAUCCCGCAUCUGGAGCAAGCCCGAUAUCCUACAGUGAAUGCCGAAUACCUCAGUGUUAAUCCGGAGAAGCCGCUGGAGGUCACCGCACAAAAGGACAUCGAUCACGUUCGAAAGACUUACCUGGAUCCACUCAUCGAGCAGGAGCACAAAGAUGUUGUCCUUGCUGUCCACUCUUUCGGCGGCGUCAUUGCUGGUGGCGCGGCCGUCGGUCUGAGCAAACCGGACAGAGCGGCCAAAGGUCUCAAAGGAGGUGUUAUCGGCAUGAUAUUUAUCGGUGCCAACAUCGGCCACGAGGGCCAGACUAUGCUCGAAACCGUUGGAGGACAGUGGCCACCGUGGUUGAAAAUUGAUAAGCCAAGCGAAGGCCUCGCGGUCAUUGAGCCUCUCUUCGAGACCCUAUGUCACGACGCCGAUCCAUCUCUGGAAAGUGAAGUCGAAUCUCAAGCCCGACCCCACGGGUACCUGUGUUUCGCGACUCCAAUGCCCGCUCAAAGCUGGGCUGAGAAGGGCUAUACUGGAAGGCUUGCCUACAUUCGAACGUCCGAGGACAGAAUCAAUCCUGCGUUUGCUCAAGAUAUCUGGUAUCAGGGCACGGGUGUCGAAUGGGACGUGCUGAAUAUGGAGGCUUCUCACGCUCCCUACAUUAGCAAACCGAAGGAGCUUGCUCAGCACAUUGUUAGCUUCGCGCAAAAGUUCGAGGGCUUGUGA